AUGGGCGGUCCGUUCAGCGGAUCACACGGCCUCCGAAAGGAGAAGGAUGCCACAUCAGGCAACCCACCGCAUGGAGAUGAACCGCAGGAUUCGUCUGAUGCAAUAUACAGCGCGCCGUCGAGCGGAAACAUGGAUUGGCCAGAUCGGAUUCCCAGCGUCUCUGGCAACACUAGCAUUCCUGAUGAUGUAGAAAAGCUGGAUGUUGCAGUUGGCAGUGCCGCAGGUGAAUUAGUAGAUGAAAGUGAAUCAGAUAUGUACUCGGCUGAGGAAACGGUCUCGAUGGACUCUUCGAACGGCGAUUACCCCGCCGAGGGACUGCUGUCGACACCACCGGCCGCCGUGCAGGAUUACGGUGAGGAACCACAUGGUGAAACCACAUUGCCAUCGUCAGACAUGGUUGAGCCGGAUCCGGUUUCUACUGCAUCCGAGCAAGCGGUGGAUAUGCCGGCUAGUGGCGCACGGCCUGAUGCCACAACGGAGGAGUUUGAUUUGCAAACGGCACCAAACGCGUCGGAGGUGACACAAAACGACCUAUUCGAUUCUCCAGACGAUAGCCCGUCCAUGAAUGAGGUGGAACAGGGAGUUCCACGCAGGCUGUCGUUGAAAAGACCGGCGCCGUUCAGACCCGACGAUCGGUUCUUAUUUUCGCUGCUCUGCAAUUGGACUGUACCAAAUACCAAAACGCGGUCAACGACAUAUAUGGAUGUCCAGGGAGAAGUAUUUUUGUUUCACGGUAUUUAUAGCGUAAAAGGCUUCGACCAUGCUGAGGGUCGUGUGGCUUUCACCAGGAUGCGCGAUUUUCAGGUCACUGCGGUCCUAGACGUUCCUCCAUUGCCGAAUGACAGCUCCCGUGCCCCGGGACCGUAUGAGUUCAUCGCUUCGGUAGACAGGUCGCACAUACGUCACGAGGCGACGACUCCCGUCGUUCACAUGAUUCGAGACGUUGGUCUGUACAAGGAGGAUGGCGACUAUCAUUUGUGUAUCGUCAUCAGCACUUUUGACUGCAGCCAGUACAAGUUCGCUGCAAAGUACAGCCGGCCUCCUCCGUUGGUCGACUCGUUCAAGUACCACAGAGUCUCCUCUUACAGCUGCUGCGACCCACUUAGCCUCUCCUUCGAUGACAUUCGUAUUCCGCGCAUUUCGGACGAACGGAGAAACACUGGCAGCUCUUCAACGGAAUCGAACAGGCCGAUGGGUGUUAAAUCGCCGUCCCAUGCGCAAGAUUACAACUAUGGGGUGUACUCGCCCCAAGCACGGGGAGGGCACUCCUUCGGUCCGGCCACAUCGUUGGUCAAUUGCACUUUGGGGCUGGUUCUGCCGGUAGUAGAUGGCGUCAUUCGUCCAACUCUGCGCAAUUUGGUUUCUGGAGAGGGCGUGUACGAGUACGACCACACUUUGGUGAAGCAGGGAUCCCAGAUGUCCUUUGCGUUUCGCAACUUAAUAAUGCGUACCCUGCUUAAGAUUCAGCCAACAAGCGGUGCAGAUUGCGCGCUUGAUGUGGCAGGUAACAGCAUCCCCAUUGAACUAUGUUGUACAUCAGGUUCUCGAAAGGACGAUGUACAACUACUUUGCAUGACAUGCGCCUUCAUGAAGGAGCUGCUCACAGGCGGUAGCUUGAUACCCAUGAAGGAGUUUAACAAGAGAGGCUCUCUUGUAAUCCGUAAGAGCAAGAAAGAUUCCACUUAUAUGCGUCUGAACGCCUUGGUCCCAUUUGUGCAGGGCGCAGCACGUGAAAAGGGCUCCCCACCGCCCCGCACGCAGGCAGCGGAUGACCCCGAGGAAGUCGAAAUGCACUACACACCCAGUGCAUCAUCGCUCAUGCUUACUUCAACCGACGGUGAUGUCGACAUUGUAUCACGCCGUCGCCGGGGGAGGCCGCGAGGGAGCAAACGUACGGCGGGUAACGGGUCGAGCAGCUCGCUCUCAAACGUUGAUGCGGGUAACACAAGUGAAGACUCUAAGGAUGGAUCAGAUUUGGAUUAUCCUAUCAAACAUUCCCGUGUGACUCCUCGACGCAGCAGUAGGCUCACUGGCAUUUCACCCGAUUCGACGUAUGAUAAGCAAGCUGCAGAUGCCACACCUACUGCCCCCCGAAGACGGACUAGAUCCAGGAGGUCUGAACAGAGCACAGUGUCCAGCCGCCGCAAACGGAGGUCUUUGUCGUCCUCUAAAACCGUUGAUAGUCCGAAAAGUGAAAGUCCCCCUACCAGCCCGUCAAGGAAGAACUCUAUAGAUGUUGGUGAUCUGACUGAUGAUUCAUCGGUGAGCAACACGCCUCAACGCGAAGCAGGGGAUUCGGCGACCGGCAUCAACACGGCCGCCAAUGAUGAAGACGAAAAGGGCCGUGAUUUGUCACUGUUCGAGGAAGGCACGGAACAUAUUGAGGCGUCAGAUGAUCACCCCAUAGUGAAUACGGAUGCCGGGUAUCAGUCAUCUGACAGUGUCGGUGGCUCUCCGCCCAAGAAGAAAUUUAGACCUGAACAUGCAAGCGGGAACAUCGUAGAUGACGGCAAGACUCGACACCAAACUGAAGUUGCACCCAAGUCUUCAGGUGUAGGUUUGUAUCGUACGUCACAUGGGCCUAGAAUGAAACGAACGGAGAGCGUACCAAACAGCGCCGAUGACGCACCGUCGCCACGUGGCAGACGAUAUGGUGACUUCAACAAAUCUGCGUCGGCAAACGCGAUGGACGGCGAUAAGCGUUCUAACAGGGGCGUCGUAGCGCAAUCCCGCUUGAGGAAGGCAAUGCCUAGACAGGGGCGCCGGUCCGAUCCACCUCCAGGUGAUAGCAGUGCUUCGCUUGGAAAUGCGUCUAAAGGAGAGAGCGAACUGCCAAAAUCCGCAUUUGGUGCUCCAUUAGAUAUUUUCGAUGAGUAUGACGGGUUCGACUACAUUGGUUAUUGCGUUCGGUACCGCAAGAUUAUCACCACGAAAGUCCCGGCUAAAGGGCGUGAAAGCAAGAAACAGCAGGUGGUAGAAAACCCCUGGAGGGUUGCAGUGAUUAAGUUUUGGGAUCCCAAGUGGCACGUUUUCUUCGUCCACCAUUUGAAGGAGGAAUUUUGUCUUGAUUUGAAGGGUAAUUUGUCAAAUUUGUUCAAAUCGAAAUCGCUCGACGAGGUGUUGGAUUCAACUGCGGUAUGGAUAGAAACGUGCACUUUUGAUGUGUAUCUAAUGAACUGCAACAAGGUCUUUCACCCCUCUGGUUGGUUUCCAAUGGGAGCUCCCGUCACCGAGGCCAGCGAAUCAACCGGAGAGCGUGCCAAUGAGAGUGUGGUUGUUGAUGUUAAAACUGAGGAAUGCGAUGACGUAGAUUCCGAUGUUACACAUCAGGGUUUACAAUCGACAGAUGCACUGACUGCCGAUGCGAAUGCGAAUGCCAAUGCCACGCAGCCGACCUUGGAAGAAAAGUCUGAACAGUCUGCCACAACCUGGUCUUCAAGCGGCCAGUUCGAUGAUAAUUUGGCGGUCAGCGUUGACUUGAAUAUCAGCUUGCCUUCAUACCAGCUUCCAAGUCAGUACUCGUGUGACGAGGACCCGGUUGACGGUUCCCUCGCUCCAACAAGCACGUUGUCAGAUAUGGAUGUGGACACGGGCGAUACAAGUGACUAUACUACACAGGCAAAUAGUUCCGAUCAGCUUUGGCCUUCUGAAGCGAUUGCGGUCGAUGCGCCGGCACAAACGUCCGAUCCCGAUGCAUCAACGCCGCAAGAGGGCCACGUUGUCUGUAGCAUCUGCAAUGAAAAGAUAUCGCGCUUCUACGAUGAACUUGAAACUGAAGGCGCACGAAAAUCCGUUACAAACGCCGACGACACGUUGUCGCUUGCGGAUCUGCUGCAUUCCUUGUUAGGCAUUAUGGAGCACCCCAAUGCUGCCUUCAACAGCCCCAUCCAUACACAGUCUGCCGCCGUGUAUGAUAUAGGCUACUUGGAAGAGAAACAGGUGUACUAUUUGAUUAAGGAGAACAUGGACAUAGCCAACCUGGUGAUGGGUAACACGUUUCCCGACGGCAUCCGUUCGUGCAACCGUUUGAUCACUGCACUUUGUGUGAAGUUGAUAGUUUGGUUGCGGUACGUAUGUGGAUACAAGAACAAAGUAACCUCGAAUACGCAGUUUAAGGUGGUUUACUGGGGCCUUCGUUGCUCUGAUUGUGGCAAGGCAUGCCACGCCAGGUGUUUGCCGUAUUUCCACCUCACCAAAGGUCCGCCGUGGGCAGACCCCGAGCAUAUCAAGCGUCGCUACGCUCAUCACUCUUACAUGUGUCGACUGUAUGGUACUUUUGCUGUGAUGAGGCCUGGGUUGACGCCGAUGAACCACUACCGCGCCGACUACGACCCGUGUGAUGAUAUCUCGGAGGAAGAUGCCACUACGAGUUCCGCAUUUCCUAGGAAAUUGUCCCCUGAAGUGCCGUCAGAGUGGUAUGAAGAGCACUAUGACCCGAAGUACGCCAGUUCGCGUUCCAUGCGCCCAAGUCGGCAACGUCGCCCUGCAGGAAAACCAGCACCUAAUCGCGGCACAUCGGCGCCAGUGGAACACAACGAUGUGAAGAUGGAGGAUUCAAAGAGUCCGGUUCAUUCUGUGCUGCAGGAAGAUUCGCCCUCCAACGCAACGUCUGAAGUGCAGACAGCCACCCCCCCUGCCAGGGUCAAGUUGGAGUAUGAAAACUAUCCUGAAUCUAACGAGAGUGUGGGCUUGCCGUUGUCGCUGUCAGAUUUGAUGUCUGACGUCCGUGAGGAACCCGACAAGCCGGUUAUUUCCAGUCCUGCAGCCGUAGAAGCAACGGGCGACGGUUCUCCCACUCAAUCAUCCCCGGUCACUGGGAUGUGCGUCAAUGCAGCCGAUGCUCCUAGCUGCUCAUCACUCCAACUGGAUGAUGUAUCGUUUGAAGAGCCGCCGAUUCUGCUUGUGCCGUAUUUGCAGCACGGCGAUCGGCAGCCGUGGAAGUGCGACGAGUGCACUGUGUGCAUGUACUGCUGCGAAAAGGUCACUGUUUCCGAAGAAGAUGAAAACCAGACCCCGUGUAGCAUGGCGAUCAUGAACACAAGUCGGCGCAGCAAUUAUGACCUGUUGUAUCCACCGUCUUUGAGCGAGAAACUAGAGCGAUUGAACAUGAAAACGAAGGGGCGGCCGCUGAUCGACUUUGUGCGGUGCGUCUCGUGCAACGUCGCCGCCCACAAGGCGUGCUGCAACCCUGCAAUCCCGGACCUGUCGUUUUUGGAAUCUUGGCGUUGUGAGGCAUGCCUUCAGUGCAUAUGUUGUGGGUACCGCGACUCUGCCGAGCCUGACUACAUGAACUGGGGCCUGUUCUUCCUGUUCUGUCUUCGAUGCUGGCAGGCGUUCGAGAAGAAUAACUAUUGCGGCGUCUGUUACCGCAUUUGGACCCCGCUGGACAACGUCUCCUACCACUGGAUGCAGUGCGACACCUGCAAGCUGUGGGUGCACCUUGAGUGCGAUCGCUUAGCACUCGAACUGUCCAUGUCCGGCUCAAACAAGCACAGGAAGUAUACGUGUCUGAUCUGCCGUAACCCUAACAAGUUGCAUCGCAUUUUCCGCGUGCUAGAGUUGGUUUUCAACACCGAGCGUUCCGGCAACUUCCGCUACCCUAUGCCCCGUACGUGCACCGUGUACUGGCGCCUGGUGAAGUGCCCGAUGGAUCUGAUAACGAUAAGGAACAAAGUGGAAUGUGGCCAAUACAAAACCGUGGAGGACUUUGUGUUUGACGUUAUGGUCAUCUCUCACAACACGAAGACGGUAAACAUGCCCAACACCAAAGUGUACAGGAACGCCAUUAACUUCGAAGUCCGUUGCAAGCAGCUACUGUGUAGCAUCCUGGGCAUUUCCGAUAACGACAUCGCUUCCAUUUUGAAACGUGGGUUGAAUCGUGUGAGUUUCGAGAUGCUGCGCAACAAGAUGACCAAACAUGUCGGCGAUGCCGACAUGAUAGACCAGGAUCAGAAGGGACUAGGAGACUCCUCGCUCAAUUUGGAGGAUCUUGACUAUUUCAUGAACGGCGAUGGCACUGGGGAGUUCGACAUCGACGUGGUGAGCGCCAAACUUAACGCGCACCGUAAAUCGCACAUCGCACGCUUGCGUUAUUACCAGCAGAUGCAAGCGAAGAGGCUUGAGAACAGUUUGAAGUUUCUGGAUGAACACCAUCUUAUAACACACCUGGGGUGUCCAGACUUCUUCUUUGACGCUAACGUGGUGGAGAAGAUGUUCCCUGUUCCUGUUACCCCGUGCGGGCUGGAUUAUCCGAUGUUGAAUGCCAUUAGCCCGGUCAAUGCGCCCCGGUUCCGCUUUUCGAUUUCUGACAGCCGAAAAGAGGACUUGGAACGGCUGGUGAAAUCGAAGACACUGUAUCUCUUCGACAGCACUAUGGUCCAGGGCCGAUACGACAGCGAGGUUUUGCACGUCUCAGACCGGUGCUUCAUGGAUGCAUUGCGCGCCCUAUGCACCGAUGCUGCGUUGUACACAGACGGCAUAUGGCUUGAGUUUUGCGUGGCGUGUGGCUCCAGCGCGUUCCCGUCGUACAUGAUUUUCUGCCACAGUUGUGGUGAGGCCUUCCACUAUUACUGUGUCGGCUUUAUAUUCCCACCGCCGUUCGCGGACUACAGCAACUUCUUCUGCGCGAAUUGCGCCUUCUGCGACACGUGCACCUGCCGUAUGGUGGGCAACCAUCUGUAUGACCUGAGCAACGUCAACGACUUCAAGUUCGCACAUGCCCUUGGGUGGAUCCCCGGGCUGCUCAAUAGCACCAGCUUCAAGCUCGCGAAGGCGUUACACAACAGCAUGGGGUGCGGUAGAAGCGCUGAGGCAUACAGAAGGAGGAUGGAACUCGGCCUAGGGUAUGUAUUCGUUUCGCCCGCUGAUAAGAAAAAUCAGCAGGAGGCUGAGCGCACAGAACCUGAUCAACCACGCGCGACUGAUGCAUCUCGGCUGUUAGGUGAAACGUAUUCUCAGAGGUUGGCUACCAAUGUCGACAAUAUUCGAAAGGAUGCUCCAGCGAAUCGCCAAUCCAAGGGUGCCAACGAUGAAGUUAUGCGCCCUUGUGCAUUUUUUGCGGACUACAAUUACCCAGUAUAUGGCGUUAGAUGCGUAUUUUGUGGCGUCGCCUUGCAUUACAAAUGCCUGAUGGAGCAGGUGAAGAACUCGCCUCAUGCCCCCAUUGGUGCAGGUAACCCUGUGAAGAGUGUCAGCAACAAGGCCAAUUCCCCUGUUGGUUACAACCCUGGAGAAUCUGAGAUCGAUUUGCGUGCUGUCUCUUGCCAACUACCCGCAGGCAGGAGCGUCACUGCCCCUGUCGCCUUUAUGCCCAAUGAGGUGCCGUCUAUGGCUCGUGUUCCAGAAUAUCCUCCGACGAGUUCUAUCUCAAUGAGGGUUGACGACGGUCUUCAAGUGGCAUCUCGCAACUUGGUGCAGGUUCUUCCUCCACAACCUAACGUGUUGCCUCCUGCUCCUGUGGGCCAGAUGGAGUACGCGGUGGUCCGUGCGGAUUUUGGGGCCCAACCGCAGACGAAUUUCCCAAGGCGCAUCUCCUGUGGCCAGCCCGAAAAUCUGGCCAUGUCUGAACCCGCUGGAUCAUAUGGCCGCCGUAUUUAUGAAACCCAGGGACAUGCUUACGGGGAGAGCUUAGAUGAACGCGCAACCCGCAGUGCAGAUCGAGUGAGCUUUUUAAAAAUGGCGCCGAUGCAAAGUUCGAAUGCCUACGGUGGCAAUGAAGUGCGCAGGUCAUAUGAUUAUUCUCCCAACAGCCGGAACUAUGUCUCCUCCCCUAGGGAUGACUAUAUAGCGAUGGAGGACCCCCCUCUGGGAGGUGACGAUGUUGGAAAGUGGAAUGCUGACAAAGGUGUCAUUACAGGGCUUCCUGUGGACGUAGAUAGGAAGGGUGACGUUCUGGCCGACUCUGCUGCCCAAACCCCUAUAAAGGUCGAAGGGUCUGAACGCGUGGGUGUUGGUGCACAGCCUCAUACAUGCCCUUCCCUUUCGUCAGGGCGUGAUCGUCCUCCCGAUUUUGAGCAUACGGAGGACGCCACACCGUCACGUACCAGCAAGUUCAAAAGCGAUGGUACCCUUGACUGGGACGAGGGUGAUGCAGUUGAAUUCAAAACCCCAACUGCCCCACAAUUGCGUCCGGUGGAUGCUCGGCCGACGGGUCUCAGUGCCGCCGCAUCAAUUCAACGUGCUUAUCCCUAUCCUAUGGUUGACAACGCUACUUCCACACCGCCUAAGGACUUUCCUUGCCAUGAUGUUGGCGGGGUCAGAGGUGAUAAGCCAGCUGCCGCGACAUGGGAUUGUAGGAUGGCGGCUGGGGCCACCGUCGCGAAUAGUUCUGCUCCAAUGGUUUCCAAUAUCCAGAGCAUGAGAGACGGUGGAGUGUAUAGUGGGGAACGGUCUAUGAGAACUGCUUCAGGCGGUUAUUUAGGGCCCCAAACAGCGACUAAUCCAACCGUGAAUCGCUUCUCGAACGACCCGGCGGAUAGUGCGCAGCCGCCACGCAAAAAUCUUGCAGCAACCUGGGCACCCGGUGAUUUUAACAAACCUGUAUCGUACGUGGAAUUCGCUCACGAGGAUUUCGGCACAAUACCGUCGGUGGCAGCAAAAGGGAACAGCGUUGAAACAGAGGUGGUUUCGUGGAACUUUGACGGAACUGGAAUGUUCACAUGUCGAGAUGAUGUUAAGCGUGAUAGGGAAAGCAUGUCUCGCAAUUUCCAUUACCCACACCAAGGGUUGUUUGUGCUGUCCCGAUUGCCCGAGGAGGAUUUGUUGCUCAGGAAUCUGCUGAAGUUCGACAAAGAGGCGGCGUCUGGUGGGGAUAUGCAGGCCGAAUCGGACAAAAUGGGAUACAUUGACUUCAGUCACAUGCAACAGUGCAAUGUCUCCGGAGUUCAUUAUUCUGUGACCCUCAACAGCAAAUGUGUCUGUUGCGGUGUACCCGUGCAGAUAUCAUCUGGGUUGCCGGACAAUGUUGCUGACCCCAACGGGCGCGCUAUGGUUAUCGACAGGGCGAGCCCUAUUGAGCUGGGAUCCCACAUGGGUCGUUAUGUCAUUUGCGCUAAGUGCAAAGCGUGGCGUGUGGCUCUCAAGUUUGACGGCCCCACGCUGAAUCCGCGUGACUUCCUGAACAGCUUCGAGUCAGAAGACAGUGCGGGCAGCUUAUUUAAUCAAACGGAGGGCGGUUUGCGUAAACAGGAUGAAAUUAGGCUCCUUGGGUCCAACGCGAUUAUCAAGGCGGUUGCAUUGGUACGCAACUGGCAGCUGUUCAGCCAGAACUUGGUGAAGUACGUUGGCGUGAUAUUGAUGCACCACAUGCUGCUACAUCCUAACCCACCAAGGCCCAUCAAAACGCGACCUUCACUAAUAGCGGCUCUUGUGAGUAGAUUCCUGACGGAGGAACCUUGCAGGGGCCCUUUGGCUAGAGGCAGGUUGUAUUCAGCUAUGGCGCACUCCCCGUUCUCGCCCAUUUCAUUUUUGUUCUGGGCCGACUCGCUCCGCAACAGCGACCCUUAUGACCCGGAAAUCGAUGAGCUCUUUAACAAGGUGCCUAGGGAGUUUGGCAACCUGGCUACUAGGUCGAACCCUAUGGGGAUGCCGCUGGGGCCGGAGUUUAAUCCUAUGCCACAGCUAAACACCGGUUUGGGACCGAUGGCUGCGAUUCCAAAAGGCCUCCCACUAGGUCCCACGAUGUUGUUACCGCACCCGUAUCUGGAGGAAGGUGCCGCUGUUCCCAACCAAACGAUGGAUGGCGCCUCAAUGCCGAUGCAGAGCAUCAUGUUGCCUGCACUGGUAUUGUCGAAUCCGAUCUCGCCUGGUGCUUAUGUGCAACCUGCUGGAGGCAACACUUUAUUCGUGGACCCGAGUGCAAUGGCGCAACGACCUGUGAUUGGCACGAAUUUCGACGGUAGCAAUCAGCUCCAUGCAGAUCCUCGCGGCGGCGUAACGUACAUUUCUCGGAGUGACCCCAACCAAGGUUUGAACAACCCGAUAGCCACACCUCCCCCUCGUCAGGGUUCGGCUUCUGCGGGACCGUUGUACGGUACUACCACUCCAACAUCUAUCCCUUAUUUGACUUACGUUGGCGGUGCUCAAAUGCCUGCACCUCAGAUAGGUGUGCCAAUCACUUCAGUGGGAUUCGGUGGGAACGUUGACGUGCCUCUGGCGACGAGUGUACUACCGGGCGAUGCGGUGGGAAGUGUGCCCGUGCUGGUGUUGACACCGCUCACGACUAUUUUGCCAGGGGGUGCAAUGGUUGCCGGCGGCGUGACACCAGGUUCGAACGUAGGUCCCUACAUGGUUCCGUUGCCUCAACCUAAUAUGGGUCAUGCGCCAGCCGCCGUUAUGCAGCCGGGUGGAGAAAGCGGCGUUAAUUUGUGCAACGAACCGCCUUAUGCCGUCCGUACGCCAAACUUUUUGGACUCUUCUCGCAUGUCCUUCGACCGAGACGUUCGUCCUCCCGAAAUUCAUAGUGCCCCGGCUCAUCUUGGAUCGUAUGAUGGCGUCAAUGCACCUGCGUCUAUGCCCUUGCCCCUCAGCUACAGUCACGGAUCGGACAACAUGUUGGCUGCUCCGACUCCCCUCUUCCCAAUGAUGUCGAAUAUCGACCCCUCACCACCCUUUUGGCGAUCCAAGCUGUUGUCGUGGUAUGUGAAGGUAUUGCUGGAGUCGAACCACCUGGUAUUUACGUACAAGCAGAUUAAGCAGACGGACACUAACAUGACUGACUUUGUGUUCCCGAAGCCAUCUCUCAAUUUCAUUGAUGCCAGUAUGGGCACCCUUGGGGCGUUCUACAAUCUGCGAGGGGGAUGGUUGAGGUUCGUCGACUACUUCUUACAGGGCAUUCGUCGGGGGUACACGCAAUCCCAAGUCGGGGGGCAUCCAUACUUGCGGCGGCACAUUGCUCACAUCUUCUUCACAACUCGUCAUGGUUGGGAGGAGGUCCAUGCCCGAGCUUCUGAGUUGAGCGCCUUGAUGGGAGUGAGGCCGACACUGCCUCGGCUCUCCACGUUGCCGUACGUUGUGUACAAUGUGUCCUUCGAGGCCUCAACUAUUAUAUGGUUGUACCACCUGUGCAAGGAAUUUGUUGAGAAUGGGGAUUUGGUCAUGAUAGUGAACCAGUGUUCCGCUUCACUCGAUGCGACGGGCUGCCCAAGGCUCUCCGCCAGAUCAAUGUAUCUCAAUCACUACGUCAUGGUUGAGCAAAGUGAAAACACAGAAGAUCUGCACACCAAAUCAAUCAGCUAUGCUAAUACCAGUUAUCAGGGGGGACAACAACAAGCCGCUGAUCCGCAAUUCAACGCAUUCAAGGACACGUCUCGAAACAUGGCGUUCCGGGAAACAAAUCUGAAACCUCUGUUCCGGUACGUAGACAAGACUAAGGACCAUUUGGACGCUGCUUUUGGCGCGAAGACAAUUAAUGUCCUGCACGGCAAGGGCCUUGAUGCAUGGAUUCGGCUGGGCACGUCGCUGAUUGUGGAGACGGUUUCUGGUCGCGCAAUGUGCGGUGACAUCGACACGGAGUCAUUUGGCGCCUCGGCACACACGCGUUGUAUCUGUGACUCCACCGUUGCAUCGCUCAGUGACUAUUCGUCGUUUGAAGGGUUUGGGCUGGGUGAUGGCGUCAAUGAAGGUGCUUAUGACGUGCGCGUGAAGUUGCGCAAUUUGCAUCUGAUGGAGAAUAUUAUUACGCGCCGUGUGAUAACACGCAAAACUGCAGGCAGGGUGCACCACACCAUAGCAUCCGAUGAGAAUACCGCGUGCGCGUUGUGUAAUGUGUCUUUCAGCACUCUGUUGAGGGGCACGCUGCUUCCUUGGCGUGAUGGAUACGUGCAUAGUGAAUGCCUGCUCUGGUCGCUUGACAAUGCCUAUCUCCCCAGGACGUACAAUCAGCACUUCGACACGUUGUUCCUCAGCAGCUGUGUUUUGAAGAACUAUCUGUUUGGGAUCCAGCCGAAAGACAUUUACAGCAGCAUGCCGCAUCGCCGAUCCCGCAACGCGUACAGUCCGUACAGGGACGGUCAUUCAGUGGGAAGUAGUGGUGUGGAGUCCGACUCGCUUCUGUUCAACUUCAACCUACACGAAUUGCACGUGCUGCCUCCGGUGACACUGCCAGACAAUCUAGUACACAUCGUUGUGACGACAGCCCGAUCCGCGUAUUGUGCGUGGUGCCGCGAACCCGGUGCUACCGUGGGGUGCACUGGCACUAAGUGCGAAGUCAAAUUCCAUGUGACUUGUGCGUUCCUGGCUGCUAACACUCAGAUGACGGAACGUCUGCUCCAACUCCGGCGAGAAAGCGGUCGCAGGCAGGACACAGCACGUGAAAUCUUCCCCGUUCGUAUAUACUACACGCGUCGUCUGCUGUGGUGUGCCACUUGUUUCCAUGAGGGGGUCGCAAGUAAACUCGAUCCGACGGCUAUUGGUUACCUGAUAAAGAUGAACCCAACACAGAUGAAGACCUUCUUGGCUUUGGAGGGUUUAUCAUCCAGCGCCACUUUGAUAAGCUGUCGUCAAGUGCUACAAAGUGUGCGUAUAGUUCCCCAAGUGAUCCAGCAUUGCUCUAUCGACGAAUUCUUCGAAGAUAGCACCCAUUACUACGCAGUGUUGCAAGCUGAGUUCAAUCGGCGUCUGUCAAUGAUGACCAAUGACGAAACGGUGCCCUUUCUGCUGGAUUCCAUUAUGAAGCCCCAGCGAUCUGUACAAAGCGCUCCGCUGUCGGAUAUUUUGUGGAAUAAGAAGAAAAGGAAGUCAUGUAAAUGUAACAAUGCGCGCCUUCGGUCACCCAAGCACUAUUUCUCGUUUGCGUUCUGUGCAUCAUCGGUUUCGCCAUUUAAUACGCUGCGCAUACCGAGCAACGAGCGUCAACCCACUGCUCAUUUCACAACGAAUUACGGAUUGCAACACAAUGCCUAUUUCACUGCCACAAAAGCGGAGUCGGGAGGAUACAGCCCUACUGGUACAUUCACGUCCUCGGGUUCCCUGGUGGUGUCUUUUACGGAAGGUGAUAAGAGAAGUUACCAAAUCGAAGACGAUGCAUCUGAGUUGUUCCAGCACAAGCGUGUAAGGUCGGAUGAAUAUCACGACCGAACUACACCUAUCCCUGAAGGUCUCGAUGGGGUCGCCGGUUUCGCUCGAUUGCCGGACAAUACGGCAGAGCAGGAUAGAGAUGCGGAUGUGCGACAGGAGGCUAACGCAGGGAAUGAAAUCGUCUGCGAAAGGAUACCGCAAUCCACGUCACCACCUGGCCCCACCCUAAAGUUGAGGCAUGAUCCCCUUGCCCAUUUGGCUUUUAUGCGCCAGUGGAAACUUCAUAAAUUAAGGAACGCGGCCAAGUCGGUCGGUAAACACAGUUCGCGCACGUCAGGUUCGUAUAAUGGGACUGGCGAUGCAGAGGUGGGGGUCCAACUUGUGAAGCGUGUCACGCCACUGACGUCCUCCACUAAUAACAGUGCACCAGCUGCCAGCGUGCCUCCCCGUGAUCUGCAGGUGCAUGACGAAGGGGCACAUAUGGGGUCUGAUGUUGCUGCGCCUGAACCGGAAUUAUCUUAUAAUUCGGCGACUUCAAGCGAAACCGCCUCCGGUUCGACGGAUGUUGAUGAACUAGUGGACGCAUUCGAGAUAGAAAAUGACAUCACAGAGUCAGAACCAUUGUCGCAUCCUACAGUCACCGGGGCACCUGUAGCUUCGGGGCAUCCUACGUCGGUUGCAACGGCUCCUCCCGUGGUUGAGGCCGCUGAAAUGAGAGUCACACCUACAGGGCGUCUAAGUGAGCACAGUCUUCCGCGCUUUGGUGCGGUUACAAUACUUAGUGUGGGUGAUGGUUUGAUCUUCGACAAGGGCCACACGGCGUAUCCAGCUGGGUAUACUGCAACACGAAUUUUUUGGAAUGCCAAGCAGAAUACUCUCCGCGAUCCCAAAUCUCGCAACUUGACUGGCGUGUGCAAUUCCAGCAGCAUUAGCUGUGGUGCUCCAGAAGCCAGAAGCUGUUACCUUUGCACAGUGCGCGUCAGGCAAGGCAUGGCCUUCUUCGCCAUCGGAGUUUUGGUAGGUCAUGAGGACAAGGAAGGCUGCAAGUGGAUCGCUCAAGGUUAUGAUCUAGAUGCGGUUUUCGUUUUGUUCCUUCAGGAAGUUAGUGUGUUCUAUACUCGACGCUUUUCCGGAGCAGACUUUUUUGGUUUGAAUUCGCACUACGUGGUUCAGGAGCUCCGAGUACGCAUGUGCAAGACCCUGCUGGAGCGUAGCUCAUCUUUUUUCAACACGCGUGUCUUCCACACUGCGAUGGUUGGCCAGAGUUUCAGUAAGAGUGAAAACAAGCUGAGACCAAUGAAUCGUUAUGGCGAUAGCGCUCCGCUGGAAGAAUCAACGGGAGAAGUGGUACUCAUCGACGAGAUUAUAUCUGUCAUUGACUUCACUGGUGACCACCCUGUUCGCCUAGAUGCAUGUGAACCGCAAUUAUUACGUGCGCGUCGUCGUCGCCAAUUCGGCCUUGCGAUCCCGUUAACACAACGCCGCUACAUCAGCAACUUGUACGCCGAGAAACGACUCGAUGUUCGCAACUCUCCUAUUCACGGUUUCGGUUUGUUCGUGACCGACGAAAUUGCCGCUGGCGAGCCUGUUGUAGAGUACGUGGGAGAGUUGAUUAGAGACUUGGUCGCUGAUAGGCGCGAAGAUGUCUACUCUAAUGAGCAGGGUGGCGACGGUUCGUGUUACAUGUUCCGCUUGGACGAUCAGCUAAUUGUGGACGCAACACGCCGCGGUUCGAUGUCUCGUUUCAUCAACCACAGCUGCGAGCCUAACUGCUUCUGCCGCGUUGUCAUCUGCGAAAACAACUUGAAGCACAUCGUCAUAUAUGCCAAGUUCGACUUGAAAGCGGGAGACGAGGUGACCUACGACUACCAGUUCGGUGUCGAAGAUGAGGCGCAACGAUUGCGUUGCCAUUGCAAUUCGGCCAACUGCAUGGGCCGUAUGAACUGA